AUGUCUGGUCUUGAGAUCCCAGCUUUUAUCAUCGGCCUUGGUGGUCUAAUUUCCGUUUUUGAGAAGGGCUUUGAAGUAUGGCGCGUCAUUCGGAGAGCCGACGAUUUUGGAGAUGAUAUCGCGGAUUGGAUGUGCAAGUUGGAGAUGGAGUUCUUUCGGUUCCAGACGUGGUGGACUGCUUUGGAACACCUUGCAAUCACAAAAAGGUCAUCACAUUCAGUUCUCAACGUACCGCUGCAGUCAUCGCCUUUACAGGUGACGUUGGAUAAGCAGUUUGGCAAGCCUAUCAUCGAUGCUGCGACUAGCGUCUUGAGGCUGCUUGAGAAGAUUGAGGGGAUUCUCCAGCGGAACGGCGUCUUAGUGGUAAUACAGGCGGAGCCAGUUGUAACAGAUCCAGGCGCAGACCUUGGAGAGGCCACUGCGAAGUCGAGACAGCGACUCAAGCGAUUCGCUAGUGAGCUUCUGAAGCAUACACCAUGGACAACUCGGAUCAAACACAGCACGAGUCCAUGGAAAGAAGACUCUGACAAAGCCGCACUCGAUGAUUCACUGGCGUCCAUGAUAUACUGGAACAACACUCUGUACAGCAUACUGCCUCAGAAUAUUCGAGACAGCAUCCUCGAGCUCGGAAUCGCAGGCUACGCUCUAGACUCGCCAGAAAACAUCAAGGACAUCGUCAACUUGUCUAAUGAUCGCAACGGAACUUUAAGCCAAAGCGCCAAGCUUAUGUCAAUACGACAGCGUUUCAAAGAUGGCAUGGGUUUGAGCGCUGACAUGGAUGCUAUACUCCAGCAAAUGGAACUAAAGGAGGCCGCAUUUGAGGGUUUGGUCGCAGCGGAUGUCUUCAAGGGGUGUCAAUAUACGAUCUCUCAGUAUACUUCUCAAGACGGCCAGGUUUCUCGAGCUCUGAUUGAAUGGAUACCCAUACCAAAAGAUUUCGAUGCUUAUAAGUUAGCUCACUCUCGAAUGGCACGGAUCUCGUACACCUUACAGCAGAUCGGAACAUUCUCAGCAAUACAGCCCUUGCCAGCUCUUGGGUUUGUUGAGUUUGGGGGCGCGAGGUCCUUCGGUCUCGUGUCUACCUUGCCUCGCAGUCUUACAUCUUCAACAAAAGUCUAUACGCUUUACGAUAUGCUGUCGGGAGGUCAGAAGUCGGCGGCGGGUAGUAAAUCAGCCUCACGAGUGCAGCAUGCUCUUCCAAGUCUGAAUCAGCGCCUGCAAUUGGCGUCGAAGUUGGUGAUGGGCUUCUACACUUUUCUCUUGACUCGAUGGCAUCAUGAGCGGUUCAAUUCUCUGCACGUAGCAUUCCUCAUAGACGAGACGGACACAAAGUCAAAGGCACUUGAUCUGAGUCAACCUAUCAUCGGAGGGUUCGCAAUCUCUCGGCCAGACUCACCUACCGAGCUAUCCAUCUCAGCGUCAUUUGAAGAAACCGAGAUUGUCUACCUGCAUCCCGAUAUACGGAAGCGUCUCAAGUCAGGAGCCAAACAGACUGGCAAGGAACAGCGCUUCCAGCGAGUCCAUGACAUUUACGCUGUUGGACUAUUACUAGCUGAGAUUGGCUACUGGCGGCCCAUCGCAAAAGUCGCUGAGUCCGGAGCAAAGGGUUCAAAAUCAGACUCAAUGUUACCCGGGCAGUUCAAAGAAGCUGUCAUCAAGAAGUGUCGAUCAGACCUAGCCUUCUUCGCCGGCGAGACUUACAGGGAUAUCACGCUGCGAUGCUUACUGGCUGGUGAGUCCGGCGGGGUUCAGGUAGAAAACGACGCUGAUGGAUUGAACAACCUGUACUGGGAUGUUGGAAUAAAUCUCAUGACUAGUUAG